GGACAAGUUGCGGCGACCCUGCUGAGCAAGGCGGAGCAGGCACAUCAUGGGCGCCCCAAGCCGACCUCAUGAAGAAGGCCCGGCGCGACCGAAGGAAGAAGGUCCCUCGUCCCUCCCACGCCCCCACCCCUGGCGUGCGCCUCCACCGGUUCCCGAGAAUUCCAGCGCGCUCCUCCGGGCCACUUUUCCUCUAGUCUUGAAAACCACCCUCAUGGCGGAGGUGAAGGUGAAGGUGCAGCCGCCGGACGCGGAUCCGGUGGAAAUAGAAAACAGAAUUAUAGAAUUAUGCCACCAGUUCCCUCAUGGAAUCACAGAUCAAGUAAUUCAGAAUGAAAUGCCUCACAUAGAAGCCCAGCAACGGGCAGUGGCCAUCAAUAGACUAUUGUCCAUGGGUCAGUUGGAUCUUUUACGGAGUAAUACAGGCCUUUUAUAUAGAAUAAAGGAUUCUCAGAAUGCUGGUAAAAUGAAGGGGUCCGAUAACCAGGAAAAGCUAGUCUACCAAAUCAUAGAGGAUGCAGGGAAUAAAGGAAUAUGGAGCAGAGAUAUUCGGUACAAAAGCAACUUGCCAUUAACAGAAAUCAACAAAAUUCUCAAGAAUUUGGAAAGUAAAAAGCUUAUUAAAGCUGUGAAGUCUGUAGCAGCUUCCAAAAAGAAGGUUUACAUGCUCUAUAACCUGCAGCCAGACCGGUCUGUGACUGGCGGGGCCUGGUACAGUGACCAGGAUUUUGAAUCUGAAUUUGUUGAGGUGCUUAAUCAACAGUGUUUCAAAUUCCUACAGAGCAAGGCAGAGACUGCAAGAGAAAGUAAACAGAAUCCAGUGAUACAAAGAAACAGUUCAUUUGCUUCAUCACAUGAAGUGUGGAAGUACAUCUGUGAACUGGGCAUCAGUAAGGUAGAGUUGUCCAUGGAGGACAUUGAAACCAUCUUGAACACACUCAUUUAUGAUGGCAAAGUGGAUAUGACUAUCAUUGCUGCCAAGGAAGGCACUGUUGGGAGCGUUGAUGGACACAUGAAACUGUACAGGGCAGUCAACCCAAUCCUCCCACCUACAGGCUUGGUCCGGGCACCCUGUGGACUCUGUCCCGUUUUUGAUGACUGCCAUGAAGGUGGUGAAAUUUCACCAUCUAAUUGUAUUUACAUGACAGAGUGGCUCGAAUUUUAAUAGAGCUGUGAACUUUAUUUACAUUUGGCAAACUGAACUUCGUGGGAAACAAAUAAUUCAUGAUGGAGUGUCAAAUUACUUUGAGAGCAUACUUCACAAUAAUGGGUACUGACUUGCUGCUAUGGAAACACUUAUUUAUGAAGACAGAAAACAAAGGAGAUUAAGUUUAAUAAAGUUUAAUUGGGAAGUCUCUUCUUCAUUAAGUAAAAUACCUUGAAGGUCUGGAAGACUAAGGAAAAGAAGCCAGCAAACCUACGUUGACCAUGUACUGAGAUAAAGGCUGGAGUGAGAAGAUGCCCACUUGAGUUACUUAAGAUCGUCAUUGAAAACUCAUCGGGUUUAUUACCGCCAUUUCUGUUUGGUUUUUCUUGGGUUUUGUUGAGAAGAAAUUACAAGUGGUGCAGGCAGGACCAGCUGGUGAUGGGAGUGUGUGUGCCAGCUCGGGCCUGGGUUGUAAAGUGGGUAUUUCUUUUUCUACACCAUCUGUUUUUCACCCCAGUAGGACUCUCAGAGGAGCGCGCCUCCAUACCGACAUCCCUCCCAAACGCUGUUGUCCAGGACAUGUUUCCACAUCACUGAUCCUCCAUACCAAAGGAAAUAAUCUCACUGUCCUUUCUUGGUAAGGCCAUAACUUUCUCUGUAUGCCUUAAGUGUAUUAUUUCCUGGAUUUUUUUUUUCAGAUUCUUAUUCCAUGCCUGUAGUGUGACUCUACCACGAGUGCCAAAUUCUAAUUUUAUAGUCUAAUCUCUACAUGGAAUGUGCUAAAUGGGACCUUUGGAAGGUGACACUGUGUGUAGAAUCCUCAUGAGUGGAGUUAGGGCCUGUAUAGAAGAGACCCAAAGUCUUCUGUUACCCACUGUCAUGGAAGGACACAAGAAAAGAAUAAGGAAGUGAGCCUUCAUCAGAUGAGUAAUCUACUGGCACCUUGGACUUCCCAGCUUUUAGAAUUAUUUCCGUGAUAAACCAUCAAUCUACAGUGCGCUGUCAAAGCAGAUAGACUAGAUAAUAGCUAAUCUUUUAACUAAAAUUAAAACUUAAAACUAGCUGGGUGAGGUGAUGCAUUCUUUGAGUCCCAGCGAUUGGGAGGCAGAGGUAGGCAGAUCGUGAUGAGUUCAAGGCUAGCCCAGUCUACAUAGUGAAUUCCAGGACAUCCAGGGUUACAUAGGGAUAGACCCUGUCUCCAACAUUAAAACAGAACAUUACCCUUCACUCACUCUCUAAGGGGUCUUCAGCUGGUCCCCUUUUAUUCUUCAAAAAACAACUGUGGUGUGACAAGUCUAAGCAGAAAGCUAUCACUGUGUACCAGUUGCACAGAAGACAGCCAUGUACCUUUGAAGGAUCUCAGCAGGUGGAUUGUCUUUUUUUUUUUUUUUUUUUUUUUUUUUUGAGACAGGGUUUGUAAGAUAAGACUAGUGCUUCUCUUACACUGGAGUAAGAUCCAGUUAGAGUAGACUUUGUUACCAUUGCCACCCUUCACAAGAAGUGGAGGAAAAAACUUACAUUUUAUAUAUAAUCUAGCAUUCAAAAAAAGCUGGUGACAUUAAAUGCUUACUCUGUAGAGCUGGCCAUGGAAUUCAUCUGAUAAAAAUGAGCUAGUGAGUUUGAUUUUACUGAUCUAUAUAUCAGGGUAACUAAUGAUUGUGUUCACUUAGAGCACUGCCAAAAGGUGGUAGAGCUCAGCUCCAAAGAGGAGCACAAUACAAACCCUUUCAGUUGGCCCAUGCUUUUGGAUUAUAUAUUUAAAAAACUUAGUAAAAACAAACAACCAAAACCUUAGACACAAAGUAAGCUGAGUAUAGUGGAGAAGGCCUUUAAUCCAAGUACCCAGGAGGCAGAGGCAGGCAGAUCUCUGAGUGAGAGGCCAGGCUGGUCUAUACAGCCCAGUGUACAGCCAGGGCUACCCUAUCGUGAAAGACCAGAUGACAGUAAGAGAGAAGGAGCCGAGUUACUGUCUAAGCGCGCUCUGCAUUCUAUCCUUUUUGUGUUGUUGGACAUAGAGCGUCUCUCCACGCUGGCCUGGAAUUCAGUUUACGGUCUUAGGGUCUAGCCUGGCCUUGAACUUGUGGUUCUCCUGCUUCAGCUUCCCAGGUGCUGGCAUGCAGCCAUGCCUGGCUUUGCAUUGUCUUGAUAAUUAGAGUUUUUAAAUCAGCACUCAGUGGCUAGAAAUGCUCCUUACCUCACCAGCAUAAGGAGAUAGCUUAAAUGUUUUUUCUCACCAUUACUUUUUACUCUGAAUAUUUUUGCCUUAUAACAUUUUUUUACUCUGAGUAUUAACUGAGAGGGAUAGGUAAGUUUGAAAAUGUUGCAACUGUUCUGUAAAUAAAAUGAAUUCUACAGAAAUAAGCUAACAAAAGAAAUCAUAAUGUCACAAACUCAAGCUGCAGAUGAAGCCCAGAUUCUUCAUACUUCCCACUUCAUAUUCGGCACUUUCUUCACCGAGAACACACACUAAUCUGUUGAGGACCCCGAAUAAAAGUGAUCCACAAAAAAAGGAGACAUCAUGAGAUGAUUUAGUGGUUUUUAGAUAUAUUUCUUUCUUUUUUUUUCCCCCCUGGAGCUGAGGACCGAACCCAGGGCCUUGUGCUUGCUAGGCAAGCGCUCUACCACUGAGCUAAAUCCCCAACCCCAAUUUAGUGGUUUUUAAUGAAUGUGGAUUCUCACAUUAAACUUUCAGUUUGGCAUUAAAUAAGUUUUAUAUAAGGGUUUUGGUGGUGAUCAAUUAAGCAACGAAAUCGGACAAUUCCAUUCUGUGAUGGACCCAGUGAUAGAAUACUCCUGGUAUGAUGAGGUCUCUGGCCCCAACCAUCAGCCCAACAGCGAAGGGAAAAGGUAGUUUCAGAUUUACUUAUAGCAGGUGAGAGAUGAAUACAAAAUAGGUGCCCUGUGGCAGUGUGGUCCAGUAAGACAGCAUCUUGAACUCAGUCCUGCUUCUGCGUGCUCCUAUUAGGUUUAUAGAUAGGCACCACAACAUCUAGACAAGUAGCAUUUUCUACCAUGAUGGAAAGAGUCUGUAUUUGGUGUUUAAUACAAAAACCUUGAGCCAGAUGGCUGGCUGGCACUUGACACGAACGAUUAGGAACUAAGUUUUUAUUUAGUUGCCUGUGCAUACUGUUUAUAUUAGACAGCACAGCUCAACAGAGAGCUCUCUUGCAUAUUCUCCCCCUGGGAAUUAGGGAAUUUCACACUGAAAUGUGUUAGUUUAUAAUUGAGCUUUUUAAAGUUAGGAAAACAAAAAAAGUUUUCAUUAUGUGUGUGGGUGUGUGUGUGUAUAACAGACUUUUUUGCAGUGAUUCAGCCAAACCUAAAAUCCAAUUUGAGUCUACUUGAAUUUGAAUUAUUUACCCUGCUUUUUUGAAAUCUUAAAAAAUUAACAUAUGAAUAACAGUUUGCAAUUUGUUUUCUGUUGCAGGAUAAAAAUAUAUUCAUUUGAUAUAUA